AUGAAAUCAAUAUUUUACCUGAGUUUGACUGUUUCUACACUAUUAGUGAUAUCGAGUAAGAAGCUACACAUCCCGGUCACAUGUCAGAAGAUUUCCCCUUGUGUCUGUAAGGACGAAACCGGUAAAUAUGUCGACCUCCGGCCUUUAGCGAAGAAAGAUGGAACACCUAAAUUUUUGGAUCAUCACACGGCUGGGACCGACAGUAACCUAUACUCAUUCAAUCCCUGUUACGGCUUCAACGAAGGCAAGAAAAACAGCUCGUGUCAGAAUGUAGCGGCGUGCCAGGCGAACAAAGACAGGACACAGUUUAUUGGAAUAGGUGUACAGAGCACUGCACAAUUUGGACACGGAGACAAUGGGAACCUGUCGUUAACAUUUGGAUCAUCUCUGGACCGUUAUAGAAUCACGACUGUUGUUGUUUUGUACUGUGCUGAAGAUGUGGAGGACGGUUAUUUCAGAGUUAUAGGAGAUAUCGGUAACCAUAAUUACUGGCUCCAACUGAGAAGUAAACACUGUUGUCCGAAGAAUGAGAGUGAAAUUGCUCACUUAGACGAACUUUUAGGAAUCAAUGGUUCCGGACCAGUGACCUACCUUCCUAGGUCUACCAAUCACACCGUAACAAUGAUCACUCAGCCAGAUAAGCUAACAUCUAGUGACGUCAUCAUCGUCGUCCUCUUCUGCACACUAUUUGUCGCUAUCCUGAUCCUGGCGGGUCUGGCUGGAGCAGUGCUGUACUACAGAACCAGACACCCUAUGUUUGGCAGAAAUGUGUAUUACCAGCCCGUGGUCAAUGAUGAUGAGGAUAACAUCGUUCACUUUAUUAACACGGGCAUGGAAAAGGGAGAUAUGUUGAGGAAUGACGUAUACGGUCAAACGACGUGA